AUGAUGAUUGUGUCUUGGAAUGUAAGGGGUGCUGGUAAGGAUAAAUGUGCUAGUACUAUUAAGGAUCUUAAAAAGAUUUAUGCUGUGGAUAUUUUUGCUGUGCUUGAGCCUAGGAUUAGUGGGCCUAGGGCUCUUAACGUUGCCAAGUCUUUGGGGUUCUCUCAUUUCCAUAUUGUGGAUGCUGUUGGGUUUUCGGGGGGUGUUUGGCUUUUGUGGAAUGGGAAUGAUGUCACUCUUCAUGUCAUUGCUCACUCUAACCAAUCCAUUACUGCUCUUGUUUGUUCAGGGACUCAUUUGUGGUUGCUCUUUGUGGUUUAUGCUAACCCUUGUCCUGGGAUUCGUGAGUCUCUUUGGCGUUACUUUGAUGGGCUUGCCCAAGCUUCUAACCUGCCGUGGCUUGUCCUUGGAGAUUUUAAUGACAUUGUGUGUGCUAAGGAGAAGUGUGGUGGUAAUUUGGAUAAUGGUGGUCAGAGGUUCAUUGAGUGGAUUGAUCGUAAUCAUCUUGUUGACUUGGGCUUCUCUGGAGCUAAUUUUACUUGGUGUAACAAAAGGAAUUCUGAGGGUGUUAUUUGGAAAAGGCUUGAUAGAGGUUUAUGUAAUAUUAAGUGGCGGCUUUUGUUUCCUGAAGCCCAUUUAUCUCAUCUUCCUAGGGUGAAUUCGGAUCAUUGCCCUCUUUUGGUGAAGUUAUUGUCUAAUCAUGCUCCAGCCAGAGCUUCUUUGCCUUUUAGGUUUCAAGCUAUGUGGUUAAACCAUCCUGAUUUCUCUGAGUUCAUAUCUGAUAUUUGGAGUUCUAGUGAGGGUCAUGCUGUUCAUAAAUCUAUUAGUCUUAUUCCUUCUCUCCAUCAUUGGAAUAAGCAUGUUUUUGGCUGCCUUUUUCAAAAGAAAAAGAAGCUCUUAGCUAGGCUUGCUGGUAUUCAACGGAAUUUGUGUUUGCAGUCCAAUCCCUUUCUCUAUAAUCUUGAGGUUGAGUUGACUAAAGAGUAUAAUCUCAUUCUUGAUCAGGAAGAGAUGUUCUGGCUUCAAAAAUCUCGAAAUACUUGGCUAAGGGAAGGAGAUCGGAACACUAAGUUUUUUCAUCUGUUUACUGUCAUCAGAAGAAGAAGGAAUAAGUUGGAAGGGUUGAAUAAUGAUGAUGGGGUGUGGGUGACUGAGAAGAGUGGUAUGAAGCAGAUUGUUUGUGAAUAUUUUCAAGGGUUGUUUAACGUCUCUGUCUCAGCUGGUGCAUAUUCCUUGCUUCCUCAUUUGUUUCCUCAGCUUGAUUGUGAUGAGUUAGCCAGUUUAAGUGGCGCUGUCACGGAAUUAGAAAUUAAACAUAGUUUGUUUGCUAUUGGAGGCCUUAAAACCCCUGGGCCAGAUGGUUUCCCUGCUAUUUUUUAUCAGAAUUUUUGGGACCUCUGUUCUAGUGAUAUCAAAUCAGUUGUUAUGGAUUGUUUUAUAUCUGCCUCUCUUCUUGUGCAUCUCAAUGAUACCUUGAUUGCUUUGGUCCCUAAGGUGGAUAGGCCUACUUCUAUGCCUCAGUUAAGGCCUAUCAGUCUGUGUAACACUCUUUAUAAAGUGGUUUCUAAGAUUCUUGUGGCAAGACUUAGACCUCUUAUGACUAAGCUUGUUAGUCCCUCUCAAGUGAGUUUUGUGCCAGGCAGACAUAUUACUGAUAAUAUUGUUGUGGCCCAGGAAAUGUUACAUAAAUUUAAAGUUUCGAAAGGGAAAAAAGGGUUUGUGGCUUGGAAAAUUGAUCUAUCCAAGGCAUAUGAUCGUUUAAGAUGGAAUUUUAUUAGGGAAGUGCUUUGGGAAGUUGGAAUUCGAGGCAGGAUUCUUGAGCUUCUUAUGAGUUGUAUUUGUUCUGUUCAGUAUAGAGUUGUCCCUAAUGGUGUGUUAACUGAAACUUUUGUUCCUAAAUGUGGGAUUAGGCAAGGUGAUCCUCUUUCCCCUUAUAUUUUUGUCUUGUGCAUGGAGAAACUUUCUCAUCUUAUUCAUCAAAGAGUUCAGGAUAAUAUCUGGAAGCCUGUUCAGAUCUGUCAAGAGGGUCCUAUGGUGUCGCAUUUAUUCUUUGCUGAUGAUCUCAUCCUUUUUGGCAAAGCUUCUGUUACUCAGGCUAAGGUUAUGAAGCAAUGCUUAGAUGAUUUCUGUAAUCUCUCUGGUCAAAGGGUUAGUUUUGAGAAAUCUGCGAUUUGUGUUUCCCCAAAUACCUGCUCUGAUUUAGCCCAUCAAGUUGCUGCUAUCAGUGGUUCUCCUCUUACUGAUAGUCUUGGUAAAUACCUUGGGGUUCCUUUGAUUCAUAAGAGAGUUACUAAGGCUACUUAUCUUGAGAUUGUUGAGAAGGUUCAAAGAAGGUUGUCUGCGUGGAAGAGUCAUACUCUUUCUAUGGCUGGUAGGAUUACCUUGCUGCAGUCAGUUGCUUCUGCAAUCCCCAUUUAUGCAACGCAAUCUGCCCAACUUCCUAUCUCUAGUAAGGUUCAUCUUGUUAAGUGGGAGAUUGUUGGUCAACCUAAGACUGGUGGUGGUUUGGGAAUCAAGAAAACUGCUUGGAUGAAUCAAGCUUUGUUGGCUAAGACUGGUUGGAGAUUGCUUCAAAAUGACCAAGGUCUUUGGUCUCAAAUUUUGAACGCUAAGUAUUUAAGGCAGUAUGAUCUUCUUGCUGCCAAGGAUCUUCAUUUGAGUUGCAGUUCUAGUGCUUGGAGGGGUGUUUUAUAUGGUGCUAAGCUCCUCCCUCAUGGCCUUCAAUGGAGGGUAGGUUCUGGUGACAAUAUCUUAUUUUGGACUGAUUCUUGGUUAAGCUGUGGUCCUUUGCUGAGUCAUGCCUUAAUUGAUUUAUCUGAGGAUAUGCUCCAGCUUAACGUUAGUGAUUUUUUGGAAGAUGGUUGUUGGGAUUUGAAUUGUCUGCAGGAAUGCUUGCCUAAUGAGAUUGUUCAGAUGAUUUUAAGCACUCAUGCCGGUUUCCUUGGAAGUGGCCCGGAUAAAAGAAUCUGGAAGUGCACUCCUAAUGGUGACUUCUCUGUUAAGUCAGUUUAUGGUAUCAGUUUUCUUGAAGGGAAUGUGCUUCCGUGGCAGUGGGGCUUUAUUUGGAAGCUUAAAAUCCCUCCUAAGAUUAAAGCCUUUCUGUGGUUGUUGUGCCAUAAGAAGUUGCUUACCAAUUAUCAAAGACAAAAGAGGGGCCUUGCUUCUUGUGCUGCUUGUCCUAGAUGCAGUUACCCUGUUGAAACUAUUGAGCAUUUAGUUUGUGGUUGCUGUUGCUCUAUGUAUAUUUGGAGUGGCUUUGGGCUUAAUGAUGAGUGGGUUCAUUGCCAUGACGGUGACUUUGAUGUUUGGCUUUUGCACAAUCUGCAGUCUAAACAUGUUGGUUGUGAUAAUUUAUCUUGGCCCUUAGUUUUUGCUGUUUGCCUCUGGUUCAUCUGGAAGUGGCGGUGUAAAAUUGUUUUUGAGGCUGGGUUUGUCAUGCCUUCUGAGCCUCAUAAGAUGAUUCAGCAGUAUGCUAUGGACUGGUUUAUAGCUUGUAAGCCUAUGCUUAGCUCUCCCAAGAAGUGUGUUGUGCAGGUGCAUUGGCAUGCCCCUCUUCCUGGUGUUUUUAAGUUGAACACUAAUGGGAGUAGGAAUUCUGUUUCUGGUGCUAUUGGAGCAGGUGGUGUGAUUAGAAACUCUGCAGGGGUUUGGAUUACGGGAUUUGCUGUCAAUCAAGGUGUUGGUUCUACUCUUGAGGCUGAGCUUUGGGGUGUUUUUUGGGGGCUUCAUCUGGCUUGGGAGAUUGGUUGCAGACAUAUUGAGGUGGAAUGUGAUGCUAAUUCUGUGGUGUCUCUUCUCACUGGCUCCAUUGCUUCCACACAUCCUCUCUUUAGCUUGCUAAGUUGUUGCAAGUUGAAGUUGCAGCAAGAUUGGGUUUGUUCUCUCACUCAUGUGUUUCGUGAGCAAAACUGUGUUGCUGAUGGUUUGGCUCACAUGAGUCAUGGUAUGUUUCCUGGCCUUCAUCGGUUGGAGCUCGCGCCUCCUUGUGUCCGUGAGAGCCUUGCUGCUGAUGUUUGCAGUCUGGCUAAGCCUAGAGUUGUGGCUGUUUAG